ACUUAGUCUAUGCCGAUAUAUGUUAUAUAGGGACGUAUUAAUAAUAAGGGAAUUAUGAAGGUUAUAAGUUCAUAAGAUAUGGUUUUAAUAUAUUAGAGAAAGAACCGGUGUAUUAUUUUAUUACCUAUAUAUAUAUUAUAUAUGAAAUGUUUUAGGUGUGACAUAACGGCAAUGAAUGUACCAUACCAUGUUUAGAUGUGGAUAAAGGGGAGUGAACAAUGGGAUGUGGUGGAAGUAAAACUAAAAAUCAUAAACAUUUGAUCAGUUUAUUAACAGAAGAUGAUAAACAUAAUUUACAACAUUCCUGGAGACAUUUUACAUCGCAAGAUGUUGUAGAAGGUGGAAUGGACAUAUUCUUUUAUAUAUUUAAGAAACAUCCUGAAGUAAAGGAGUUGUUUCAUUUUGUCGGUAAUGGAGAAACCAGCGAGUCGCUUAAAUCAAAUCACAGAUUUCGUUCCCAUGUUGGUUUAUUCUGUGAAACUAUUCGUAUUGCUGUAGAAGAAAUACGAGACUUAGAAGAUAUUCUGAUAUUUUUACGAGAUCUAGGAAAUAAACAUAAUCUUUAUGGUGCUACACCUAAAUAUAUAGAGACGGCAGGGGAAGGAAUAAAUCACGCUCUACGGAAAAGACUUGGAAAGAAAUUUACCAGUGAGGUCGAGUCAUCGUGGAAUAAAUUCUAUAAAAUUUUAGCUGCUUCUAUGAUAAAAGGAAUGCAAGAAGACAAAGUGACUAUUAGUUGAUAAUUGUACUUAAAUACCCGAACUUCUACUAAAUGUGUGCUUGAUCCGAAUGUUAGAGUGUUAUGGAAACAGACUAAAACCCAACCAAAAUGUUUUUAUUGUCGUAGCGCGAUAAUCCCCAAACUGGAUAUUUUUCAAACUUAAUCAAUUGUAACUUAAACUGGACAUUUACUAUAAAUCUGCGAAUGUCC